AUGACGAGUGUUUUGCCUAGUGUUUACGAGUUUUACGCGAGCGGGGGCGUAUCUACUGGGCUUGACGCUAGCAAACCCUAUUUCACCCUCAACAGUAGAAACAUUACUAUAUACAGCGGUUCGCUGCACUAUUUUAGGGUACCUAGGGACUAUUGGAGGGAUCGGCUAAGAAAAAUUAGAGCCGCUGGUCUCAACGCAGUGGAAACGUACGUUCCGUGGAACCUACACGAACCUCAAGAUGGCCGUUACGACUUCGGAAGCGGCGGUUCCGACAUGCAGGAUUUCCUCCAUGUGGCCGAGUUCCUGCGGACCGCGCAAGAGGAAGACUUGCUGGCAAUAGUGAGACCGGGACCGUACAUCUGCGCAGAAUUCGAGUUCGGAGGCUUUCCUAGUUGGUUACUUCGGCACGGAGGCAUCCAAUUAAGAACAUCCGAACGUACCUACAUGAAAUUAGUCUCCAGAUACUUCAACGUGCUCCUCCCGAUUCUGGCUGCGCUUCAGUUCACCAGGGGAGGUCCGAUUAUAGCGUUUCAAGUAGAAAACGAGUACGGGAGUACCGAAAAGGUGGGAAUCUUCACGCCGGACAGACGGUACUUAAGGAAGCUGCGACGGUUAUACUUGGAGCACGGCAUCGUGGAGCUGCUGGUGACCAGCGAUAGUCCGAGCUCCCGAGGAAGUAUUGGGACUAUACCCGACCUAUUUUUGCAAACCGCUAAUUUCGGACGCAAUCCCGAAAUCGAUUUCGUUGCUUUGAAGUUACUGCAGCCUAACAAGCCUGUCAUGGCGAUGGAGUUUUGGACAGGAUGGUUCGAUCAUUGGUCGGAGGAUCAUCAUCGGAGAAGCAACUCCGAUUUCUACAGCACGUACGAGAAGAUUUUGAAAUACCCCGCCUCUGUCAAUAUGUAUAUGUUUCACGGCGGUACCAGUUUUGGAUUUCUCAACGGCGCGAACCUGGCCAAUAGUCGCAACGACAAUAGCGGGUUUCAACCUGAUACUACGUCUUACGACUACGACGCGCCCCUGUCUGAAAGCGGCGAUUAUACUGCAAAAUACGCUAUGGUCAAAUCGCUUUUGGCCAAAUACAACCCGAUCAAAACCAGGACACCUAGAACCCCUACCAUUAGCGACAAAAAAGAAUACCCAUCGACGAAGAUUGUUGAACGACUCGCGUUUGACGACAUCGUACGCCAGUCGGGUUCCUAUUUUAGCGAGAACGUGGUACCUAUGGAGAUGUUGCCCAUCAAUAACUCAUCGGGUCAGAGUUACGGAUAUAUCGUUUACAGGAAGACAGGUGUAGAUGUUCCUGCAAACUCCAUCAUAACCAUCGGCGGAAGAAUAUGUGACACGGCCUUAGUAUUGAUAAACGGAAUCCUGAUAUCCAGACCGCUGCAAAAUUCUAUCGAUCUCAACGGAUUCGGCUUCUGGAGAUGGAAAAACUCCAAAUUAUUACUCGCACCCCGGAAUUUUUCGCACGCCAGAAUAGACAUAGUGGUCGAGAAUUGGGGGAGAAACAAUUUUGGUUACGUCGAUCAGUUCAACCAAUACAAAGGACUAUGGCAAGGUGGCGUAUUUUUAAACGACCGGGAACUGCUGGGCUGGGAGAUCGUGCCUUUGGAAUUUAAAAAACAAUGGAAUGCGAAUCUUAAAGGGUGGCAUUCUGUAUAUCGGAAGUGGACUACGGGACCGUGCCUUUACAGAACCACGGUUAACAUAACAGACGCUCCCCGAGACACUUUCGUAGACAUGCAAAAAUGGACCAAAGGAAUAGUGAUAGUGAACAACUUUGUACUCGGCAGGUACUGUCGCAUAGGACCGCAACAGACUUUAUACUUACCAGCACCUUUUUUGAAAAUGGGAAACAACGAUAUCGUCAUCUUCGAGCAUUAUCUUCCACACGAUGAAGUAGAUUUUUCCGAUCAUCCUGUGUACGUCACGAGAGACGCGACGAGAAAUUUUUUUUGAUAGAGCCAUCGAUGUUGAACAAUUUGUGCGUAAACCGUAAACUUGACUUUUUCCAUUCGGGUCACAUUUGCUUCAGUGUCGAAAAUAUAAUAAACACUUAAAAAAAGGGUUUUCUAGUUUGAAUGGAUUUUCAAUAUCUUUGUGGGUUUCUUAAGAUUUGUACGAGAGAAUAAUUUUGUGGGCAACAAGUUAGAACGCUGCCAAUAUAACUUCUAUUCACUCCAAUAAAUUUAAUUAAAAACAAAGUCUAUAGAGAAAUAAAAAAAUCAGAUAGGAAAUGCUAUUUACAAAAUUUUUAACUGAUUUCCAUAUUGGUGACAAGUAAAGACCUGGGUCGUGGUUAAGAUUGCUAGGUUACUUAUAGAUUUCUAUAGACUCUCGGAUUUUAAUUUUAUCAAAUAAAAUUUUAUGUCCGGUUUCGUGAUUGUGUUCGGCAACUAAUGAUGAGUUUAUUUUUAUUAUAUUAAGACUCUUUCAUGUUCUUUAAGCCUAGUUAAAUAUUUUUCGUCCGGUCUCUCCAAUGUAUUCUUUGCCGCAUAUACACGUAAUGCUGUAAACUCCUGCAUCUCAAAUGGAAUUUUGUCGUUGAGGAAUGUUGAGAAAUAAACAUCGUAUCGGAUGACUGAUUCCCAUAUUGGUGACAGGUAAAGACCUGACUCGAGGUUAAGAUUGUUGGGUUGCUUAUAGAUCUUUAUAAAUUUUCGGAUUUUUCGUUGGUAGAAGAAUUAAUUACAUGUAGGAAUUUUAAUUUCAUAUCAUAAAAUUUGAUGUCCGAUUUCAUAACUCUGUUCGGCAACUGCUGUUGAGUUUACUUGUCGUAGUCUUAAGGCUUUUUCAUGUUCUUUGAUCCUAGUUGAUAUUUUUCGUCCGAUCUCUCCUCUCUCCAGGCAUCUCAAACUUAAUUUUGUCUUUAACGAAUCGAAGAUGUUGAGAGAUUUUUGGACAAGUGGUAAACCUGGUUUUGACGUUAUAUUUCUUUAGAACUUUUGAUAUGUGGUAAGUCAUAUUUUGAAUGUAGGGAAGGACAAGAGUGGCAAGUGUGGGAUUGUUUUCGUGCUCAUUGCUGUGGGAAGGUUGUGGUGAAGUGUAUUUUGUAAUGGAACGCUUAAUAUUUUUAAUGGGAGCCUAUUAAAGCGUAUGUUAGGAUGUAUAGAGUUUAAAUGUCUUAGAACCAAUAUAUAAGCAGGUACAGAGUAAAAUACCAGCCAGCCAGUUAAGCUCUGAAGCAGCCAACAAAAUGAUUGGCGAAACGUUAGCAAGUUCGAAUCAAGAACAACCGACGCAGGAGGAAUCCAGAGGUUUUGUAAAUAGCAUCACAGUAACCUGUGGAAGUUUCUUUGAAAAAAAAAGAUAGCAUAACAUUCAUACCAGUCAAGAACUUUCGCAGUGAAACGCUACAGUCGGAUGAAAGAAUAUUCUCCAUGCAUGGUAAUUUUAUUAAUAAAAAACGAAAAAAAAAGAUUUUUCAUUUUUAAAUCUCCCAACGGCAAACAAUUUUUCCAAAAAAGUUUUUUUGUACUCUUCAUUCUGAAAGAAUCAAUUAUGACCUUUGAAGCAUGCGCAAAGUUUCACUUUAAAAAAAUAUUAUUAGUGGUAUUAAUUAUAAAUUAAAAAAUACUCAAAUCUUACAUAUUUUAGUAAUAUGGUUCAUAAUAUCUAUAAAAUCUCAGCCAACCGAGGCUUUUUCGUAUGAAAAAAAUUAUUUACUCUGCUGACUCGGGCGGGCUAACCCAAUAAAUGUCGUGAAGAAAGACCACCAAAGGUUCAAAGCUAAGCUCGUUUUUCACUAGACAACUGGCUAUCGGGUUACUGUAUUUUUUUUGUAUUAGGAAGGCAGUCCCGAUACCUAGUUUAUUGUUAUAUCUCUCCAUAACAAGUAAACAGAUGCCGAAGUAUUAACAAUCAAAUAUUCACCAAACACACGCGUUUUGCGCCAAAAUUCAAAACGGUCUAUUUCGGGAAAUAUCCGGACUCUAA